GAGGCCGGGCGGCAGCCGGAAAGGGCAGGGCGGCGCUGCUCGGAGGGGCCCGGCAGCGGCGGUGGCGGCGGCGGGGCCGUUGCCGUGGCGCCGGGUGCGUGUGAGGGGGGAGCGGAGAUGGCGGACGAGACGCUGUUCCUGCUGCUGCACAGCGAGAUGGUGGCGGGGCUGUACCGCGCCGCCGAGCAGGGCGAAGGGGAGAACGGGCGCUGCACCACCAAGCUGGAGAGCAUGGGCUUCCGCGUCGGGCAGGGGCUGAUCGAGAGGUUUACAAAAGAUACUGCCAGAUUCAAAGAUGAAUUAGAUAUUAUGAAGUUCAUUUGCAAAGAUUUUUGGACAACUGUAUUCAAAAAACAAAUAGAUAACCUCAGGACCAAUCAUCAGGGUAUUUAUGUCCUUCAAGAUAAUAAAUUUCGACUCCUGACACAAAUGUCUGCAGGAAAGCAGUAUUUAGAACACGCACCAAAGUUUUUAGCAUUUACCUGUGGACUAAUCAGAGGCGGCCUAUCAAAUUUGGGAAUAAAGAGUAUUGUAACAGCUGAAGUUUCAUCAAUGCCUGCAUGUAAAUUCCAGGUGAUGAUACAGAAGAUGUAGAGCACAUUCAAAUCUGGCUACAACUCACUUCUGUAAUGAGUGUGUACAGGAAGAUGAUUAGGCCUGCAAGAAGCUGUAAAGACAUCACCAAGACUCUUGAGGAUAUUGGGGUUUGCUAGAUACUACUUGUUACAAGACUUGUAUAACAUUACAUAUCUUGCUGUAGGUAAGCAUGAAAACAUCUUGUUUAAACUUUUAAUGAAUUUUGCUGUAAGACUUUUCUGCUGGCAGGGUCAGGUCUUAUACUUUCAGAAAUGUGAGAAUGCCUCAUGAUACUGAAUCAGUUUCUGCUUUGAGACCAGGAAAUAACAGGAUAGUUAUAAAAUAAUAUAUUUGAACAACACUUUUGUCUGUUUUAACUACCUUCUGUGUUGGAAUAAGUGUAUAUUGUCCAAUUGCAUGGUUGGGCAGGAACAGUGGAAGGUGUUCAUCCUUAAUCUCUUAAGGGAGGUCUGAAGUUUAUAAUGGAUCGAGCCUUUUCCGGAUAGCUGUUACAAGCUGGAAAGCCGUAUAUUAUAAACGCGAUAAUCAGGGGCUUAUUAUACUUGAGCUUAAUAUGUGACCAAGUUCUGAUCUUUUCAUGUACUGUGAAUGCUAGUUCAGAUUAGUUGUAACUGAAAAAUUUGACAGUUAGGAAACAUCUGAAGGAGAACUCAAUCUAGCAGAAUACUGUCCCACUGUUUAUAGACCUAGCAAAGAUAAGAGUAACCAGGGUGGUUGGUACUCCAUAGAGAUCAGCUGUGUGACUGAAAAUACUGGGCUCUUAUACAGGUAGUUUACAGGAAGGCUGUGGUUGUUGUCCACCUAUAUGAGUCAGACUCGUUUGAAAUUAUAAGGCUAGAGAAUUAGCUAAUUCUUGCUGAGUGCAUUUAAUGGGUUCUUCAGUUGCCAACUCACCCUGCUUUAAAAUGCUAGAACUAUUACUAAAGGGACUUGCACUGUGCUUCAUAGAUGGACACUUCAAUGGCACAUUUUAGGCCUAUGCAACAUGGUAGAUAUUCCUUAUCAGCACACAGAAUCAUUUUGUAAUUUGCUUCUCCAGAAUUAAAACUCCUGUAGUUGCUAUUAAUGCACUUUCAUUUUUCACUUGACAGUUGAGAUUACUGUGAACAGUGCCAAUAAUUCCAAGACGCAUUAAAGGUUUAUCAGUAACCUGUUGUGCUUAAUGAUCUGUCUUUUUUAAAUAGUCAGGGACUCAAUUGACAUCUGCUUCCUGAAUAUUGUGAAAUUCAACACUGUAUAUUGUCUGCUGUUACCAGCAGAAUUCAGAGUUCUUUCACCCUGGAUUUUACCUGAAAGUUGUAUAUGUACAAAGCAGAUGCUGAUAUUCUUGGCAAAUCACUCCGUGUUAAGUAUGUAUGAAGUCAAAUAGGUGAGCUAAUGUGUUUGUCAAGAUACUAGACAGAAAAUAAAUUUGUUCGUUCUGUUUAAUAAAUGCUUCUAUUAAAGA